UGGCCCUGCCCAAAAAAACACUCGGUGCGGCCCCGCCCAAGGCAGGGAGUUGGCUGGCUUCGGCGCUGCCCUGUGUCGCUCCCAGGCCGAGGCAGGAGACCUCUCUCCUUUGGGGCCGGGGGGGUGACACUUGCUUUGCGGGGGAGCCAGUGUCCGCAGCCGCCCUCUCGCUGCGGGGCGGGAGGCGCGGUGUGGGGAUUCCUCAGGAGGAUCCCCCCGCCUCAGCCGCCUGACAGCUCAGCGGAGACCCGCCGCCCAGCGAGCGGGGGCGGGGGGGGGGGGGGGGGAGGGGGGACUAACCCGCGCCACUCAGCGCGCGCCCAACUGAAGGGGAGGGAACGGACACCGGCGAACAGGAGCUCCGCUGCGUCAGCCGUUCGCGCACAACCCCCUCUUCUGGGAAAAGGAGGGGCGGGGCGCGAACCGCGCGUGCGCACUGAGGCCGGGGGGUUGGCCUCUAUAUAAGCAGGAGGGCGGCCAUGCCAUCCCACAUCGACGGGCCAAGUCUCAGUGAAGCAGUGUCUCGUGAGCGUAAGCCGGGCGACAAAGAUGGUGAAGACCGUGGAGAACCUGGAAGAAUUUAAGUCUGAAUUGAAAUCUGCUGGUGAUAAGCUUGUAGUUGUUGACUUCUCGGCCAAAUGGUGUGGACCAUGCAACAUUAUCAAACCUUUUUAUCAUAGUCUUUGUGAGAAGUUCCCAGACAUAGUGUUUCUUGAGGUUGAUGUGGAUGAUGCUCAGGACAUUGCUUCAGAGUGUUCAGUCAAGUGCAUGCCAACAUUCCAAUUUUACAAGCAGGGCAAAAAGGUGCAUGAAUUCUCUGGAGCAAACAAAGUGACACUGGAAGAAAGUAUUACCAAGCUACGCUGAUCGAACACUGAACAGUUAAUGUUGACUGUUUACAUAUAGCCUGUAACUUUUUCUACUUAUUGAAACUAAUCAAGGUAGCUAAAUAUGUAUCCAAAAAUUGUCACUUCAGACUGUAAAUGAGUACAAUAAAAUGUAAAUUCUUCACUUA